GCGGGUAGUAGGGCAUGGUCGAAACUACAGUAUUGUCGCUCCCUUCGCUCAAGGGAAGGUGCAGGGGCCAGUGCUUUGCGCCAAGAUGCGUUUUCACAUUUGAGUCGAUUUCCACGUCAAGCACGGAGUCGAGGAAACCGGCGCGUAGACAAUUGGAAACGAAAUUGGAAUUUGGCACAACAGCAGUCGAAGAUCACGGAGCCUUAUUUACAGUACAUAGCGCCAGACGCCGUUCUAUUCCCACCCACUCUAUUCAGCCCCGUCGACCUCUUAAUUGAGCCUUGUACACAACAUGUCGCAACAACAGCCACAGCAGAUCGACCCGAUGCAAAUUCCGCUUCCUCAGCUGAAGCAAAUGCACCAACAAAUAGGAGAGGACCUGGACACUUUCACAAACUCUUUCGCACAACUGAAGAGCGUGCACGCCAAGUACAACGAUUGCUCGGAAAGCUUGAACUUUGUAAAUAAGAAGAAUGCAGGCAAAACCAUUCUCGUCCCACUCACAAGUUCCCUGUACGUGCCCGGCGAGCUGAACGAUACCGAUAACGUCAUCAUGGAUGUGGGAACUGGAUACUAUGUGGAGAAGCCUGUGGCAGACGCAAAGGAUUACUACAAGCGGAAGAUGGAGUAUGUGAAAUCGAAUCUGGACAAAUUGCAAGAGACGAUCAAUGACAGGCGCAAGCGUCUGAAUGAUGUCACGGAUCUGAUCAACUUGCGUUCGGCGUUGGCUCAACAAGAAGAGGGGCAAAAAGCGAAGGCGGCAGCAUAGGAGGUCGGAUUGCAUCAGCAGUGUGCAUGAUGAUCGGCCGCACUACAUGUUGGCCGCUUGGCCUGAGGAGAUGCCAUUCAUCAAGUGGAGCAGUGGAUGAGCAUGGGAAGCGCCGCCCUGUUGACCCAUCCGCCAUCACUGUAGUCCGCUACGGCGUGGCGAGAUCUGUUUAUAGGAUGUCCAUAUGUACAUGAACCUCGCGGUUAUAGUCGCCGUUGAAUAUACCUGUGCCUUCGGAGUAGUAGCUUGAGCUGCGCUCGGCAGAGAAAAAAAAAGGC